AUGUCUGACGUCCAGAAGUCCGUUGAGGAGACCCCCGUGGUUGUCCCUGCUGUUGAGCCUGCCGUUGAGGUUCCUGCCACCACUGAGGCCACUGAGGCUCCCCAGGAGACCACCGAGGCUGCUCCCGUUGAGGAGACCACCACCGACAUCGCCGCUGAGACUGAGGCCCCCAAGGAGGAGGCCAAGGAAGAGGCCAAGGAGGAGAUCAAGCCCGCCACUGAGGGUAUCCUCGGUCACAAGGCCCCCGGUCUCGUCAAGAGCCUGCGCUUCGCCAAGCGUUUCUUCUACUUCAACGAUGAGCCCGUCGAGGCUAAGCAGCUGUCCGUCUUCCACCAGAACGAGAAGGCCGCUGUUGCCAACCCCACCGCUGCCUGGGCUAGCCAGACCGGCAAGGGUCUGCUGUUCCUGACCAAGCGUGCCGAGGACAAGGCUACCCCCGCCAGCAUCUUCAACCUGGCUGAGAUCUCUGACCUCACCAAGGAAGGCUCCAACGAGUUCCUCUUCAAGGUUGGUGGUCAGAAGCACACUUUCCAGGCCUCCAACGCUGCCGAGCGUGACAGCUGGUUCGUCGCCCUCGAGGCUAAGUCUGCUGAGGCCAAGGCCGAGAAGGAGACCCUCACUUCCAGCGAGGGCUACAAGGCUGAGCUUGAGAAGCUGACCAAGCCUGCCGUCGCCGUUGCCGCCAAGAAGCCCGAGGAGAAGAAGGAGGAGACCCCCGCUGUCGCCGCCGCCGCCACUGAGGAGACUGCCACUGAGGAGGCCGAGCCCAAGGAGGAGAAGCCCAAGGAGGCCGCUAAGAGCCGCUCCCAGUCGCGCAAGCGCGGCAGCAUCUUCGGUGCCAUUCUCGGAAAGAAGGACGCUGAGGAGAAGAAGCCCGAGGAGACCAAGGAGGAGACCGCCGAGGAGACCAAGGCCGCUGAGCCCGCUGCCGAGGCUGUUACUGAGACUCCCGCCGAGACCGUUGCUGAGCCCGCUGCCACCGAGGCCCCUGUCGAGGGUGCUGAGGCCGUUGCCGUUGCCGCCCCCGCUGAGACUGCCGAGGAGAAGAAGGAGGAGAAGAAGGCCAAGCGCUCUUCCAUCUUCGGCAACUUCUUCCAGAAGGUCGCCAGCCCCUCUCAGGAGAAGUCCGAGAAGGAGGCCACCGCUCCCGUUGAGGAGACCCCAGUCGCCAGCUCCGCUCCCCAGCUCGACAACCCCGUUGAGGAGGUUGCUCCCAUUGAGGCCGAGACCGUCACCGCUCCCGCUGAGGCUGAGGCCGCCAAGGAGACUGCUGCUGAGACCCCCACUGAGGCUGCCACCCCCAAGGACAAGCGCCGCUCUUCCUUCUUCGGUGCCUUCGGCAAGAAGGAGAAGAAGGCCGACACCUCUGACAACGAGGCUACUACUGAUGGCGAGAAGGAGGCCAAGAAGGCCAACAAGCUCGGCGGUCUCUUCCGCAAGCCCUCCAAGGCUGUGAAGCUCGACAAGGAGGACGUUGUCGCUGCCGAGACUGAGGUCAAGGCCGAGGAGGCUGAGGCUUCCACCGAGGCCACCGAGGCCGCUGCCCCCGCUGAGGAGGCUAUCAAGGCCCCCGAGACUGCUGCCGCUGAGGAGACCAAGAACGUCGAGGUUCCCGCCUCCACUCCUGUCCAGGCCGCUGCUUGA